CUACACUCGCCGUCGCCUCUGUUUACUUUGGAACUGCGGCGUCUUUAUUUUUCUUUUCGUCACGCCCGUGACGUCAAACAACAUAAAGUGGCAGAAAUAUUAGGACGUCUUAAAAAUGUGCUUCAAUCUCGACUCCGCUCCCCGCUGAGUCGUUUUGGUGGUCGUUGGAGCCACGCCGCCUACUUAGCUUAGCCUAGCCUAGCCUAGCCUAGGUUAGCCAUUAAUAAGGUGGACGAGCGAGGCGUUUGGGCUUGACGCAUCCCCGAAUGAGCAGCGUCGAAAUGGCAGACAUCAGCCAAGCAAAUCGUCCCGAGUGGCACGAGUCCCCUCGCGUGAAAGAGGAGGAGGAUGACGUGAGCGACUUGACGGGCGUCCCCUCGAAGCGUGAAGCUAAACAUCCCAGCUCGACAGAAGACUCCCAAUCAGGCGGCCUGAUCUCACCGCUCUCAGAUGCGGACGCCGCCAUGCCACAGUUGCCUCACACCAAUGAUGAAGAGACUGAAGGUCGUAAGACAGACCACAGCGACAACAAACGCUGGAAAUGUUUGGAAGAUUGUGGGAAAACCUAUGGAAGCAAGUCCGCUUUGAAAAGGCAUCUGUGGAGCCACACCGGCGAGAGACCUUUCGCCUGCACGACCUGCGAUAAAAGAUUUUCUACCAAGUCGCAUUUAACGUACCACGCAAAAACGCACAGCAACGACAAGCCUUACGCGUGCGCGUAUUGUGGCAAAAAGUUCUCGGUGCGUGGAAGAUUAGAACGACAUGCGAGAGUGCACACCGGAGAGAAACCUUUCUCCUGUUCGGUUUGCGGUCAAACGUUCAUUCACAAGACCUCCUUAAAAGUGCACGCAAGAAGCCACACCGGAGAGAAACCUUUCUGCUGUACGUAUUGCGGUCAACGCUUCUCCGAGAAAGGGAACUUAAAGAGUCACACCCGGACGCACACCGGAGAGAAACCUUUCGUCUGCUCGGAUUGCGGCCAAGCGUUUUCGAUGAAGGCGCACUUGAAAAGUCACGCGAGCACCCACACCGGCGUGAAACCUUUUGCCUGCUCCGUUUGCGGCCAAACGUUCAGCCUGCGGGGAACUUUAAAAAUGCACGCAAGGACCCACACGGGGGAGAAACCCUUCCCCUGCGCAGUAUGUGGACAAAGGUUCUCUCAUAAGGAAGCUGUGAAACGACACCUAAGGACGCAUACUGGCGAGAAGCCCUUUCCCUGCGUCGUUUGUGGACAACGAUUCGCUCGGAACAGUCAUUUGAUAAGACACACGAGAACGCACACCGGCGAGAAGCCUUUCUCCUGCUCGGAUUGCGGCCAAAGGUUCUCUGAAAAGGGAAGUUUAACGAAACAUGCGAGAACUCACACCGGGGAGAAACCUUUUACUUGCUCAGUUUGCGAGCAAAGAUUCUCUCAUAAGGAGCACUUGACGAGACACACGAGAACCCACACGGGAGAGAAACCUUUCCCCUGCUUCGUUUGCGGUCAAAGGUUCACUCGGAAGGAUAAACUUAAGGAGCACAAGUGCAUUUGUGCGAAAAGUGACAAAUGACAGUUUUGACUCUCUGAAAGAUGUUCAGAAUUUUUGACUUUAGACUUAAACUUUGACUUAGCAUGGGGUUUAAUUAGUAGGUGGAGUUGAUUUCAACAAAUUCCGUGCAGUUACCGUAAUUUUUGUACUAUAAAGUCCACCUGACUAUGAGUCGCCACCCACCAAAGUGACACGAAAACAGCAUUUGUUUGUAGAUAAGCCGCACUGGACUAUAAGCUGCAGCUGUCCACACUGUAUUAUGGGAUAUUUACACCCAAAAAAUUUAACUGGUAACGCUUUAUUUGACAGCGGCCUCAUAAGACUGUCAUAAGACCAAAUCAAUCACUAUGAACCAAUUACACAGAUCAGUCGUCCUGGUCCCUUUGGAGAGAAAAACAGCCCCAAAGCAUGAUGUUUCCACCCCCAUGCUUCACAGUGGGUAUGGUGUUCUUCGGAUACAAUUCAGUAUUCUUUCUCCUCCAAACACGAGAACCUGUGUUUCUACCAAAAAGUUCUAUUUUGGUUUCAUCUGACCAUAACACAUUCUCCCAGUCCUCUUCUGGAUCAUCCAAAUGCUCUCUAGAGAACCGUGGACGGGCGUAGACGUGUACUUUCUUCAGCAGGGGGACACGUCUGGCAGUGCAGGAUUUGAGUCACUGGCGCCGCAUUGUGUUACUGAUAGUAGCCUUUGUUACUGUGGUCCCAGCUCUCUGUAGGUCAUUCACUAGGUCCCCCCCGUGUGGUUCUGGGAUUUUUGCUCACCGUUGUUAUCAUUUUGACGCCACGGAGUGAGAUCUUGCAUGGAGCUCCAGAUCAAGGGAGAUUAUCAGUGGUCUUGUAUGUCUUCCAUUUUCUGAUAAUUGCUCCCACAGUGGAUUUCUUUACACCAAGCGUUUUACCUAUUGCAGAUUCAGUCUUCCCGGCCUGGUGCAGGUCUAAAAUUUUGUCUUUGGUGUCCUUCGACAGCUCUUUGGUCUUGGCCAUAUUGGAGUUUGGAGUGUGACUGACUGAGGUUGUGGACAAGUGUCUUUUAUACCGAUAAUGAGUUAAAACAGGUGCCAUUAAUACAGGUAACGAGUGGAGCUUCAUUAGACUUCGUUAGAAGAAGUUAAACCACUUUGACAGCCAGAAAUCUUGCUUGUUUGUAGAGGACCAAAUACUUAUUUUCCACUCUAAUUUGGAAAUAAAUUAUUUAAAAAUCAAACAAUGUGAUUUUCAGUUUUUUUUCCCACAUUCUGGCCUUUAUAAUUGAGGUUUACCCAUGUUGACAAUUACAGUCCUCUCUAAUCUUUUCAAGUAGGAGAACUUGCACAAUUGGUGGUUGACUAAAUACUUAUUUGCCCCACUGUAAAUGAAUUACGGCAGUUUUUUGUGACAUUGUUUUGCCUGCAUGGGUAUUUUGAACAAUGAUCUGCAUUUUGAAUUUAUUUGAUUAUGUUAGAUGUGUUAAUAUGUUUUUUAUUGGCAUGCUAGGACGGGACCAUUGACUCGCGCUAGCUUAGCCACUCCGUAGCUCUGAGAUGAAUAACUAACUAACUAACAGCACAGAAUUUGUUGAAAUCAACUCCACAGACUAAUCAAACCUCAGCUAACUCAAAUAUUAAGCCUAAUGUCAAAAAUUCGGAACAUCCACUUUAAAUUUGCGGCACCGGCGUGUUCUCCCAGGACCGUUUUUUUUUUUCUGUGGACUACAACUCGUCAUUCAAGUCAUGUACUAUUGUCAUGUUUUUGUGAUGUGCUCAUUCAAUAAACCAGAGAUAAUUUGUGUUUUUGCA